ACUCUGGUCAGAUGUCAUAUUCAUAUGCAGUGGCGGAUCUACUAUCGAAAAAUUAUGUUAUAUAUGCAUAGUUAAAAUUAUUUUUAUGUAUAAAUAUUAGAUGUUGAGCCCUCUGCCACUGUUCACAUGAUAGAAGAAAAUCUCACAAAUACUAAAAUAGAACUCUACUCAGCCACAUAUAUACAUUACUCUCUUCACAUUUCCUCUAUCUACUCUUUCAAUGGCUGGUGUGUUGGAAGCCAUUGCAGUUCCAUGUGCACGUUUGGUUUUUCCUAAAGCAAAUCCCCCGGUCUCUGCGGUUAACUUAUCUCAGUUCAAUGGGCUUAAGGUGAAGAAGAGUCGGUCGCCGGUUAAGUUCAGCUCACGCUCAGGCUAUGUUAAGCGUGGCGGACUUACUGUUGUAUGUGAAGCUCAGGAUACAGCUCUUAAAGCGGGUGCUGUUACCGAUAAGACAUGGAAAUCACUUGUAAUCGAGUCUGAUUUACCCGUCCUGGUUGAAUUUUGGGCUCCGUGGUGUGGUCCGUGCAAAAUGAUUCAUCCCAUCAUCAACGAGCUAGCUGAGGAAUACGCUGGCAGGUUCAAAUUCUUCCAGCUGAAUACAGAUGAAAGCCCCUCUACCGCAACAGAAUAUGGGAUCCGAAGUAUCCCAACCGUCAUGAUUUUCAAGAAUGGAGAGAAGAAAGACGCGGUCAUUGGCGCAGUUCCAAAAACAACGUUGGCCACCAGCAUCGAAAAGUUCUUGUAGUGAGUACAUUUGCGCGCUGCGCAUAUACAUACGUCUUGUAAGAAUUCUUUUUCGGUAUGUAUAUUCUAUUUUUGCCUUCACAACAGCUAGAAUAUGAACAAAAUAAACCUGGAAAUGAUCCUGUAUAGAUUGUUGUGGAGCUAUGUUUCUUCUGAAUUCAGCAUUAUUUUAGUAAUCGAAUGUUUCUCGCGCAA